AUGACGACCGAAUGCCCUUUGCCUGAAGUUGAAGUCGCCCUCGCUCCCUAUAUCCGUACUCGUCAAGAGGCUCUACUCGUUCGCCAACGUCUCACAGCAUACCUACAAUCCCAUGUUCGACAUACCUCAGACCUAGACCUAACGAGUUUGAGCCUUGGGGCUCCGGCCGCGACUCUCGAGGUCCGCAAUAUUCCAGUAGAACUAUCCGGUCUUCGCCGUCAAUAUCUCGAAGCGUUAGAAGCCAAUGCGGCGGUGAGGCAGCGUCGAGAUGAGCUUCAAGAUGAGCUGCGCGAACUCCGAAUCGAGCAUUCAGAGGAGAGCAGCUAUGUGACUCGGAACAAAGAGAUCAAGGAGUCAAUGUCUGCGUACACGACAUUGUUGCGACAGAGAAGAAAGCUUUCGAGACUACAGAUCCUACAAGCCGGUAUAGAGGAGCUUGUGGAGAAUGCACCGGAACUGGCACACAAGGACUUGAAAAGCCUGGUGGAGGAUCUAAUUGGCGCGUCGCCUGAUCCGCCAAGUCUGACACUCGAAGCCGAGACUCAAGACCCCCUCGUCGAGGAACUCACUUUUAAGUUGAAGAAGGAAUUGUUGAUUGCGAGAAGGAAGCUAGAGGAAGCAAAAGCGGCAAAGCAAAAGCAAGAAGACCAAUUGAAGAGCAAUGGAACGAUAUCUCUACAAGCUGAACUUACCGCAUUACGAGUAGCGAGAGACGAACUUGUUGAAUGGAUUGAGGGAGAGCUGUCCAAGAUAGGAGAAGAAAGUGAGCUUCAAAAUUUCAACAGCCCUACGAAACUGGCCCGCGGGACGGAUCAGAUGAAACCAGAUGCCUACCAUCAGCGCAUACAAGGCUUCUAUAACACGUACCUGGACCGCCGGAAAGAAUUCGUUGCCGUCGUUGAUACUGCUACAACCGAGUUUACUAAGCAACGCCAUACGCAACCUUCACAGAAACCUCGACAGAGUACCCUCCCAUUGAACAACAAUUCCGAGAGCUCAGGCACGAAGGUGUCCGAGCUCAUCUCAACCAUCCCGGCUCUUGUGGCGGCGUCGAGGACAGAAAAUGAUCUCCAACAACAGCUUGCGCAUCUCCGACGUCAAAUCACGUCUUCCACAGAAGAAACUUUAAGAUCCCUACGUCGUCUUGCAGACGAGAGUCAUCUAGUACCACCAAGAUCAGAUGUUAACGUGUGGAUACACGCUGCUGGAGACAGCAAGAGAGAAACCGAGAAUGCCGUUGAGAGAGAACUUAUCGAGGGUGAAAAGAGCAUGGAGCAGGCGAAACAGAUCUUGAGAGCGCUACGUGGCCGGCGAGAGAACUUUUUGAAGAUCAAAGGAGCUGUAUAA